CAGCUAGCGAAAAAUCACCUGCUGUGCGAGAGAGAAAUCAGAAAGAAGAAAUGCUUCCGGACAACAGAUUUACUUUGAUUCAAGGGUCAUUUUACUGAGACGUUCGGCGUGGCUAAUGGUGGUGCAGGAGCUUCCUGAUUUGUCCCAAGAGCCAAGGGACUGAAGGAGCAGCAUGAAGGAGAAGAAGGAAGGCCAGGGGGUGCUGGAGGACUCCAGCUCUCGGGUCUCCCUGAUGCUCAAGAACAGGGCUCAGGGCAGCCCCACUGAACAACCUGCUGCCUUGUUGGUGCUCGACAACAAGAGAGUGGCAAAAAAAGUGCGCUUUAAGGACAUCCAGGAGUGUGAAAGUGUGAUUGUGAAUGACAUCAUGGACAAGCAAAACAGAAACACUCCAGACCAAAUGAAGAAAGCACAGAAAACCAUUCAGAACACCCCUCUGGACCUGAUUGACACAGGGAAGGGGCUGAAAGUACAGACGGACAAGCCGCACCUGGUCAGCCUUGGGAGUGGUCGCCUCAGCAUCGCCAUCACGUUGCUUCCACUUGAAGAAGGGAAGACCACAUUUGGCAGUUCGGAUAGUCCCUCACAAGACGUCAGCAUUCAAGGUCCUGGUAUCGCAGCUCAGCAUUGCCAUAUUGAAAACCAAAAUGGAGUUAUAACCCUGCAUCCAUAUGGGAACCUGUGUGCAAUCGAUGGAAUCCAGGUGAAGCAACCUACACGCCUAACCCAAGGGUGCAUGCUCUGCCUUGGGCAAUCAACAUUUUUUCGCUUCAACCACCCAGCGGAGGCACACAGAAUGAAGAGUAUGAUGUCCGGGAACCAAAACGCUGCAGUGACCUAUGGCCGUUCUUCAGAUCCCGCUAGUCUGGUAAAUGGCAAUCACCAAACUCCCCUUAAUGAAGCUUCAAGCAAUCAGUCAUCAAGAUCCCAAGCCACUCCCAGUUCACUGGUCAGCUCAAUUGAGAAGGAUCUACAAGAUAUUAUGGACUCUUUGGUGAUGGAGGAUGCUACAUCUCCUGGUAAAAAGCAGGCAGCCAAUGCCCAAUCGCCUUUGUCUCCAAUGGUUAAUGGAGGUGGGAGAUACCUCCUGUCACCCCCCAUGAGUCCUGGUGCGAUGUCGGUGGGAUCAAGUUAUGACAACAUGUCCCCACCCUUCUCCCCACUGUCCUCCCCAUCUCCGGGCAGCAGCAGCAGUUGCACGAGCCAUUCCCCAGGCAGUCAGGAGCAAGGGCCAACAUUGCCUCCAACUGUGCCUAUUAGAUCUUCAAGUUAUAACCACACUGUGCAGCCUCCAUCCCCUCGACCUCUGCCAAUCUACAGUGGAGUGGCUAUCGACCUAACCAAGUGCAACGGUCUUGGUCCAGCGAUGCAGCGAGUGUCAGAGAGUCCACGUGCUCACAGGAAAGUGCCCAAUGUCCAUGAAACACCACCAAGCCCAACCCUUAACCGCAGAGGGUUUCCACUCGAUGCCUUGAAUUCAGUGAUGCUUCAUGAAACCAGGAAGAUGCCAGAAAGUUCAAAACUAUCCCUACAAAGUCACAACCUGCCAUCGGUAUCUGUUAGUCCAAGUGACUUCAGUGGUGGAAGUUCCAGAGUUCAAGUUGUGACCGUUCCGAGCAGUCCUAGAACUGGAGCCAAGUUUCACCCAUCUUCAAGCCCAAGGACCAAAGGAGCUGCCCUUCAAGAAAGGCCUCCAAGUCCUUUCAGAGAGGCUAAGGAAACUCCCAUUGAUCGGUCCAUCACUUCCAGCCCAUCGAGGCAGAUGUCCCCAAGGGGUUUCCAGACAUUGGAGAGCCUAGGAUAUGUUCCUGUAAAUCAGCCUGUCCAGUUACAACCAAGAAACCUUCAGCCUCCUGAGAGUCCCCGAAUGAGUAGGCGAAGCAUAGAAAGCAUGAGAGAGUUGCCUCCGUUAAGUCCUUCCAUGUCCAGGAGGGCUGUUCCGCUCCCCACGUUCUCAAAUCUACCAAAUUCUCCUCAAGCUAGGACCUCUCGAGAGAUGGUCCAUCAUGACAGUCCCUCCCAUCAGAUGAAACUGGUCAAGGAAAUGCCAGAAAGCCCUCGAUUUAGACGUAAAUUUUCAUCAGGCUCAUCCGAAAGGAACGAGGACUUCUCAGUGCACAGUACUCCCGGGUUAAGCACCUUAAGCGGUGGAAGGGGAGUCAGGGACCGCAGCCCAUCCCCAACCUUGCUGUCUGUUGACCAUCCACGGAAAACCUAUGGGAAUACUUUAACCCCGGCCCACAGCUUGUCUUCUUUGUCCAUCUCAACACCACUGCAAAGCCCAAGAAUGCAGAGGAAAAUGGCGGGGGAUGAGAGGAUCCCAGUACCACGACAGCGGAAAAACAGUAUUUCUGAAAUCAGCGACAAUGAGGAUGAACUCCUGGAUUAUCACCGGCGGCAGAGGGAGGAACGAAUCCGGGAACAGGAAAUGCAGAUGUUGGAGCGUCAGAGACUUGAAACCAUCCUGAACCUGUGUGCAGAGUACACAAAAACUGACUCCCCCACCAGCCCUGAUAUGGGAAAGGUGAACCAGGCCAGCGAGCAGUUGCAGAUCGAAGAGCAGAGACUGUACCCCAGUUCCGUGGAGCCUGCCCCCACCACAGCCAGCAGAGGGACCUCCAUGGACAGAUGCACUGGAGGUAAAGUCUACAGCGAGCCUAGCACAGCACAGCCAGCAGAGCCCAGUGUUCAGAAGCCUCGGGAGGGACUGGAGAGAUCUGACGAGGAGAACCUUAAGGAAGAGUGCAGCAGCACAGAGAGCACACACCAUGAGCAGCAUGAAGAUUCAGCAGGUGGCCAGUCACCCCAGCAGGUGACGUACCUGGAGGAGGAGAGGGUCAGGGUUCUCACCAAUGUGGAUGAACUGAAACAAAGGAUCAAAGAGCUGGACCAACAACUUGAGGAGUCGACACGGGAGGCGGAGAUGGAGCGAGCACUACUUCAGGGAGAGCGAGAGUCUGAGGUUGCCCAGAUCCAUCAGGAGCAGGAGAUCAUCGAUCAGUUGGAGGAGAAGCUUUCUGAGCUAGAAAACAACAUACAGAGAGAAAAAGACAAGGAAAGGGUAAAGCUUGAUGCAGAGAAAAAAGAAGUAGAGAGACUGCAAUCGCAUUGCCAUGAUUUGAAGAGCCAGCUUGAUAACUGCCCUGAGUCAAUGAGGGAGCAGUUACAGGAACACCUCAAAAGGGAAGCGGAAGCUCUCGAAUCUGAAGCCAAACUGUUCGAGGACCUGGAGUUUCAGCAGCUGGAGAAGGAGAGUCGCCUGGAGGAGGAACGGGAGACGGUUAGCCAGCAGCUACAGCAGGACAAGGCUGAGUACCAGCGCAGCGCCAUGCGGAGAAAGGACAAGGUUUCUGCUCUGGAGAACCAAGCCAAUCAAAUUCGCUAUCAGACCAUUCAGGAGUGUGAGAGACUGAACAGGGAGAAAAACGCAAUGAUACAAAUGCUUCAGAAGGAAAAAGACAAACUGGCCAGUCUGGAAAAACAAUAUUUCAUGGUGACUGGUGGCAAAACCUUCUCCAAAAGUUCUACAGCAUUGAAAGAGGAAGUCCUUCGUAUCACAGAGCCUAGCGACAUAUUAGAGGAGACUAAAUACCAGCAUUGCUUACCAGGAAACGCAGCUUCUCUAUCCCCCUCUCCUUCCACCCCAUCGUACCCCAAGAUGCAGGAGGAAUAUAUGAAGCUGGCUGACGUGUUUAAGUUCUACAGUGACAUAUAUGGCACAGGCACUGAUGCUGCAUUCUCUGCUUCUCCACUGCGUUCUCUGCCGCUUAUUGUACCUCCAUCAGCCCAUGAGGUCUACCGAUCCAAAAUGGAGAGUGAUGGGUGUGGCACAGUACCUCGAACAAAGACGGGGUCUGCCCCCUCCUCACCAUUCACUGCCUCAACGCUCGGACGAAAUCUUACUUCAAAGAAUGUUGUGCUGGCACAGAAUGGCACCGGCAGUUUACCACGGAACCUGGCUGCUACCCUCCAAGACAUCGAAGCAAAGCGCCAGCUAGCAUUGCAGCAGAAAGGCCACCAGGUGAUUGAAGAGCAAAAGCGGCGACUGGCUGAGCUGAAGCAGAAGGCCGCGGUUGAGGCCCAGUCGCAGUGGGACGCCCUGCACAGCCAGCACUCGCCAAUGUUUGUCCACCAGAGCCAGCCGUACAGCCUGCCUGGACACCAGCAGUCACACCUCAUCCACCACAGCAUCCUCCAUCACCACUCUCAACCCCUCUCUGCUCAACACGGCACGGACAUGGACCACGCCUUCGACACGCUCAGUCUGGAGAGUUCAGACAGCAUGGAGACCAGCAUCUCCACGGGCAACUCAGCCUGCUCACCGGACAACAUGUCGAGCGCCAGUGGUGUGGAUGUCUCCAAGAUCGAGGAGAUGGAAAAGAUGUUGAAGGAGGCACAAGCAGAGAAAGCUCGCCUUUUGGAGACAAGGGCACGUGAGAUGGAAAUGCGUCGCCAGGCCUUUGAGGAAGAGCGCAAGAGGCGAGAGGAACUGGAGAAGAGGCUCCAGGAAGAAACUGUGCAUCGGCAGCAGCUCGUCGACAAAGAGGUCAAGAUGAGGGAGAAAAAUUUUUCACAGGCACGACCUCUAACCCGGUAUCUACCGAUCAGGAAGGAAGAUUUUGAUUUGCGGUCACAUAUUGAAUCAUCUGGGCACAACCUGGAAAUCUGUUACCAGAUUACCAUGUCUGAGAAGAUGUGCAAAGGUUACCUGACAAAAAUGGGCGGGAAAAUUAAAUCCUGGAGAAAACGCUGGUUCGUCUUCGAUCGCAUUAAGCGAACGUUGUCUUAUUAUGUUGAUAAACAUGAAAGUAAAUUAAAGGGAGUGAUUUAUUUUCAAGCCAUUGAAGAGGUUUACUAUGACCAUCUCAGAAGUGCCUCAAAGAGCCCCAAUCCCAGCCUCACGUUUUGUGUGAAGACUCAUGACCGACUCUACUUCAUGGUGGCUCCAACCCCAGAGGCCAUGCGAAUUUGGAUGGAUGUGAUCGUGACGGGCGCUGAGGGCUACACACAGUUCAUGAGCUGAGGGCCCAGGGGAAGGUCCCCUCCUUGGGGUGGAGUGAGUUGGCGUUGUGCAGAGUUCCAUCGAGUCGACCUGCUCUGUCCAGCACUGCCUGUAUUGACUGACCGUCCCUCUGCCUUUCUUUCUCUCUCACACACUCUUGUCCUCUGCCUGAGCACUGAUUGUGGGCAAUAAGUAAAACCAGUCCCAUCUUACUGUGCGGAGUGCAAGUAGGCGACGCAACAUUUUCUAAUGCUUUUGCUGGAAGUUGGCUUCAAACAAACGAUAAGGAGAAAUACCUACACCCAUAAGCGAAACAAAAAAGGCUCCAAAGACUCCCAUCCGGUUUUGCAGUUUGAACAUUCUGAGUUUCCAAGUGGAUGGUGAACAGAGAAAAAUAGGGAGGCAAAAAAUGGGAAAAGAUACGAGAAAAGAAUAAUUUAAUCCUUGACCUGAAGCAUUAGGCAGGCUUCACAAGUGUUAGAUCCUCCUUGAUGACGUCUCCUUGGGGACAGAUUGGUACCAGUGCCAGCUCCAGGCAUGCCCUGCGGCCUCUGUUGAUUGGAAAUGUUCCGUGACGGGCAAACGUGCUCGCAAAAUAAAGGAACGUGAUCUCUUCCCCGUGAAAGCACACUCACGUGUGGGCUGACUGCAGCGAUACUGGCAGCACGAGCAGCUGACCGAACUCAAGGUUGCCUGCAGACAAGGUGGAAAUUACGUGCCUUUUAAACUUCUGGUCCAGGGAUUCCAAGUGCUCAUUCUAAGGACUUGUUUUGGCAUAAGCAGCAUUUCUUGGGAGUUGAAUCAGGGAUUGAAAUAUGUUUUAUUUUAUUAAUUUUUGGUCUUGUUGUUGAACUACUCUGUUAAACAAUGGCUUUAGCUGAGGUCGCCAUAAGGCAGAACUUACCUCGAUGCUAAGAGUGAUUUUUACAGUUUUAUAACAAUUAGAAGCCCAGUAUUGCUUCUGCCUCCCACACACCCUGUGCCAUAGUUUGCUUAACACAUCAGUAACCGUACCCAACUGUGCUUUCUUAUACCUUGCGUUUUAGCCAGUAUCGUACUACAGCCAAGAAGAAAAGGGAAUUCCAUCUCGAGAAUCUUUUAUGUUUCUCGAGGACAAUGUGUUAACGGUUUGAGAGAUUUGUUGGUUUCCAGGAAAAAGCUCAGCAAAGUUAUGGGAGCUUCACCCUCGCUUUGAUGACUAGACAUUCUGAUGGCUUAACUGUGUCAUGUGUUGUAGGUCAUCUGAGGUGUGGGUUUACCGAAUACAGAGGAGCAACAGCCCCUCAUAAUGCUUAACGUCUUGGUUUUGCGGCGUCUGCCAAUCCCCCCCAAACCAGGGACAAUGUGGUGGUGCUGGAGAUGGCUGCACUCAGUUGAAUGAGGUCCUUCGUUCUUCUUGGUGGGAGGAGGAUUUGUAUGGAGGUCAAGUGAGGUUGUGUGACCUGCCUCUGUGAUUGAAUAGUCCACUGCCAUUUGAUGCAUAGUUUAAUCACACAGACUGGAAAAUCCUAGGAUCAUUUUCCAGGGGCAAGGUCGUUCAUCAGACCAGUACUUGGUCCCAGUACCUUCGUUACAAGGGGAAGGAACAAAUCAACCAGGCUGCUGUUUCUCAUUGCUCUGCAGUAAUGCCUAUUGACAUGGGUGCUGAAUUUGGAUUAAUAAAUUACAUUUAUAUGUUUUACACUUUGCUGUUCUCUUAAACCCAAAGCUGAGUUUUGGUGAUAACGUAGCUGGGCAACAUUUCCCUCCUUCACUCCACCCCAUCCCGCACUCCCUAACCUCAUGCCCUCCAUCCCCUCCAUCCCCUUCCUCUCAUCUCCUUCAGCCCUCCUUCCCCUCCCUCCUGUUGACCGUGUGGGUGAGGUACUCCCACAGUUAUUGUAGGUGUGUUCCAGGAUCUAUCUCACACAGGAUGGGUGCUGCAGGGGUUGUGUCUUGCAGAGGAAGGGAGGAGAACAUCCAGCAGACUGCCUCGCACACCAACUGCGAACGUAAACUUGGAGAAAACAACAUUGACAGGAUCUGGAGCUUUUCUGAAGGUGUUUCUGGGCAACUUGAUCCCCAUCCUCUCUCCCCCAGCUUAUCAAGGGUCAUUGCCAUGGUUACAGAUGCAGCCUUACAUGUUGCUUUAACCCCUAAGGUUGUGGUGUAAUCUUUGAAUAUCCACCCUAAAGCAAUUUUCCAGCAGAGUCUGAAGUUUAUUGCUGAGACAAAAUGUUGCUUUUUCUGAAGCAUUCAUGAAAUAGACUUGAAUUGCAAUUACAAUUCUAUAUAUUAAACAAAAUGCAGCUCGGGUCUUCUUUCUCAGAAUAGGGAAUGUUUUGUGCAGUAUUUAUUUAAUUUUCAGUAAGUAGAGAAGGAGUGUUCCUUCGUGGAAUUAAACCAGUCAGGUAACAGCAUCAACACAAUAGGCCAAAUGGCCUCCUUCAUUGCUGUACCAUCCAACGAUGCUGUUAGGGAAAGAGCCAUAGAACUGUCUCCUCACUCUACUCAGCUGCUUAGUAAGAGGAACAUAAUUGGAUAUGAAUCAGCCAUUGAUUAUCUAUGGAGUCCUGUAAGUAACAAUCCUAAAUCCAAUAAAAAAGAAUCUGGCCCUUGCAUUUUUAAUUAAACAGCUUGUUGCCAGAAUUACUCUUGGAUGAAUGUCCUUCACUUUGACCAAAGCUAUUUGUGUGAAGUGCUUGUGGUUCUGCCUCUAUCACUUGGAGUAAUGCCUUAAUUGAUUCUCUGUCUAUUUAUUCAUUAAAUUACUCCCAUCACCUGGAAUGGAGGAUUUACAUUCACCAGACCUAAUAGCCUUUGGUGUUGUAUCCCUGUGUACUUGUGUCCACCAGUACUGGACCCAAGUAUUAUAAAAUGGCCUACCUGCACUUAUCAUUUCUCUGUCCCUGUGCUGUACAGUCACCAGUACCAUACCCAGUGUUAUACGGUGACAGACCUGCAUCCAUCAGGAUUGUAUCCUGGCUUCAUAUAACAGACCAGUAAUGAAAUCCAGUGUCAUAUAGUGACAGAUCUGUCCCCACACCUACCAUGGCGAAGUGUUACAGAGUGACGGGUUAAACAAAGACUGAAGCUAAUGCACUACAGGUGAGGAAGUUAAAUGUUACCCUCUUUUGACAAUAUUUUAGGUUUUGAAUUGAAAGGAACAGAUUUAAAGGAUUAUACAACUUUUAAACCCUGAUCUCAGCAGAAUUUUUUAAAUUAAAAGAUAAAGCUAUUUAAAGGACUAUCAUAUCUUUUCAGGCUGAAGCCUGUUCCUAACUCUGACCAGUCAGAAAAAGUGAAUUCUGAGGAAUUGGGGUGGCCCUGGUGAAAACCCCAUUCUCAUGGGACCCUGUAUAUAAUUGUACUAUAUAAGGGUCUUAUUGGUUGGUUAAAUAAUGAUCCUUAUGAAACGAUGACUAAAAUGUCAUAUUUUUAUAUAUAUAAAUUAUGCAAAACAAAUAGUUAAUCAUUGCCAUUCAUUCAUGUAUC